AUGGAGGCAUCUGGUAAAUUAGCACGAGAUGAAAAGUCCUCGUACUUGAAUCGAAUGAAUGGUUGGAUUGAUCACUAUAUUUUACAACAACCUUUAUUACCUCAACAACAACAACAACAACAACAAAAGAACCGGAUUUUAAAGUCUCGUCCGUUUAGGUUGCUUGUGGUGGUUUAUAUCUUGUUCUCUGUUCUGUUUACGGGCACACAUAUCUCCUCCUGGUUAUUUAGUACAAAGGAUGCCUGGACCUAUCAACGUACUUAUGAUGCCUUGGAGCCUUAUUCGCUAGUCAGUGACAUGUCACACGGCUUAAAGAUGUCUAAAUUAUUUUCGAAAGGUCACUAUGACGCACUUCAAUAUGUUCAACCAUUUUGGCAAAAGGCUUCAGUGAUUCCGGAUGAACUCGAUACAACCAUCAUCACCACCACAACCCCUGAGACUUGGAAGGACCUAGUAUUUUUGGCAAAGAGUUGGGACGGUCCUAUUUCUGCUACGUUGCAUGUGGCUAAAGAUGCCAGUAUCAAGGCGACGAUUCAAGCUGAGUAUCAAUCCAAUCCUAGCUUAUUCAAAAACGUCGAUCUUCACUUGAUUGAGACACCAACUGGUAUUAAACAGUCUGUCUCAGUUUUGGUCCCAUUAAAUGUCGAACGUAAUUUAGCCCGUAUAUAUGCAAGAAGUCAGCAUGUGUGUGAUAUGCCUUUGAAUACGAUUUUGGUCACAGAUUUACGCCAAACACUGUUAAAGCAUCAAACAAAAUACGCCGCACUAAUGAAGAAGGGAGACAUGCUUGUGAUUCCCACAUUCAAACACACCAGUGGACAAGAAAUCCCUGUCACCAAGAAGGAGUUAGUGGGUCUUGUUCAAGGUGAAAAGAGUUUGGUAUUGCACGAUGCCCAUUUUGAAUCGAAUAAGGGACCUACCGAUUUUGAAACCUGGAAGGCGUCGGAUGCACUCUACAAAGUCACAGGUUACACUAUGGAUUAUGAGCCAAUUGUGAUUCAGAGCAAAACUGUUCAACCGUGGUGUUCUGAACGCUUUGUCGACAAACGAUCUGCUUGUCUCUUAUCAAGCUAUUUGGCUGGUAAUGACUUUUACGUCUUGCCUAGUGAUUUUGUCAUUUAUAAACCCACUACAGCCAAUGCCGCUAUUUCCGACCUUGAUACGGUGAUUGAAAAAAGAUUGUACGCCAAAUUCUAUUGGGAACAGUGCGUUUAUCAAGGCAGACAAUUAGAUGCGAUGGGUUUAUGGAACACUGCAAAAUCAGAUCAUAUUAGACAACAAUGUUCCAGAGUGAUUCAAAAUUGGGACCAGCCGAAUUAUAGCAAUACAACUCAUUACCCUUAUCCGCAAACGGAACCUAGAUUUCAACAAUUUGCUGACAAUAGCCUGAAUGAAGAGUACACAAACCCUACUUAUAGAUCCAUUGGUUUAGAUGAGCGUGAAAAGCGCACAUACGAACUCGUUGUAUGCCAACAACCGCUUCAUGCACGCAUGUGUGGAUUUGGAGAGAAGGAUAGAAGACCCAUUGACCCACCACCUAUUGUUCAAUUAAUUGUAAAGCAACAGGGUCAGGAUAGUCCAGUGGAUGUACAAAUGCUUCAAAUUCCCUUCUUUGUACUUCAUGUCACCUUGUGGUCUGAUGAUCGUGCUGAGGAACGCAACAUUAUCUCCAAUCCACCAAAGUGCACUCGAGUCUUGAUGGGUUCACUUGUUAGCUCACCUAGUCUGUUAAAGAACCCGGAAGGUGAACAAGGCCUCUAUUUUGCUUUUCCAGACUUAAGUAUUCGAACCGAAGGCCGUUAUACGCUUCGAUUUAGUCUCAUGAAAUUAGCAAACUCUGAUUUUCAAGAGAAUGCAAAGUCUAAAAUCGUUGCUCAAGUAUUUUCUGAUCCAUUUACGGUUUAUUCAGCUAAAAAGAAUCCACUGAGUUAUCAAAAGCAUUUGCUAAGCAAGGCUUAA